AUGAGCGGCUGCUUCAGGAGUCAGGGGAAGAAGGCACACCCUUUGUGGAUGAUGAAGGACAGGAAACCACAGACCAGCUGGUGGCCCCAAUGGGAUGAAUCCCAGACCAACACUGCAGCCCCUGCCACCCAGCACAACCUGCUACCUCAAACUGCCACUCCUGCUGAGGUGCUUGAGGCCAUAACAUCCCACCUCACAGCCAAGAAGAUUGUGCUCCUGCCCCUUGACUGGAUCACUGACAACGACAUCGAUGGCGAGGUGUUUCAGACACUGACUACAGAAAAUCUCCAUGACCUUGGGGUCAGCUCCCUUGGUGCUCAUAUGCACAUCCUCAAGCUGCAACAGGUGACUGCCCCUGUUUCUGGCACUGCCAUGAGAGAAAUGAUGACGAACUAUUGGGCCUCUGGAGUGGCUCUCAAGGCCUGUGCCCAUGGUGGAACACCUCAGGCAAUGGCUGAGUUCAAGAAGAGGGCUGUGGAGCAACAGGAAUGUAAUGCCACCAAGCAAGCCCCUUGCCAGAAGAAGCCACAGCCAGGACUGGUGGUCAUGGCCCGUCAUACUGGCCCUUGUGGUUUGCAGUGGCAGACCUACUUUGCUGGCCAAACUGAGGAUGAUGCUGAGUGGCGACCACGAAGCCAGCUCAAGAAGUAUGCCCAUCUGCUUGAUGCCUGGACAGCCCCACAAACACCAGGCAAACAGAAGCCAGGCCAAUGCCAGUGGGGAUGA